AUUUGAUAGAUUUUAGUAGUUUCAAAAAAUCUAACCGAGACGGUUGGGAAUGUCUAGACUCAAGAAUGUUCCGAUGAAUCAAUUCAUAUUCAAUAUAAUAUACUUUUCAAUUGAAAAGGGCGUAUCUGCAAAAUAGCACAUUUGGGAUAUUUGUCUUUGAAGACUUUCAUUUCAUCCACAGAUUCAAUUGAAUUAAUAUGAAGAAAAAAUAAAUGAUAAUGCAUGUUAAUUAAAUUUAAUCUGUAGAUGGCACAAAUGAAAGUAUUUAAAGUUCAAUCAAUAUCCCAAAAGUGAUUUUUUGUAGAUACGCACGCACUUCUCAAUUCAAACGUCAGUAUAGAUUCAUCAUAUUCCAAUCUGAUCACGCUGAUGAAACUGUUGAAAUGAUGUUCGAUCAAUACAUUGCUUUCCGGAAAUAAAGAGGAUCUUAUACGAAUUCAAUACAGUAAUUACAAUAUCUUAUGCAUAAUGGACCUGUACUUAGCAACUCUCAUGCUUGUAGACACCUCUGAUAAUGCUUUGUCGGCAUUAUCCAUAACAGAAUUACGGUUCGUUUUAUGGGUCGGCUUUAAAAUUCAGUAAAGACGGAUAACUUUUUUGACCGUUAUGCAAAUUUAGGUAGCUAUUAUUUGAAAGCGUUGAAUAUUUUGCAAUAACCUGGACCACUUUAGGAAUCACUGGCCUGGCGUAUACCGAUGACGAAUACAAAAAUCACAUUUGGCAAAACCAGAGGCAACGCCGACAAAGUGGAUAUACAAAGGAUAAUAAUAAAUCUCGAAAAUAGACGUGCUCGUAGGGAAAUAAAAAUAAUUAUCUUGAAAGCGAUAAUAAACUAAUAAACUCUGAAGGGUGCGAUUUUCGACUGCCUUGAAGAUUUCAAAGGAAAGUAAAAUGAUUAUUGGUUCAUUUUUAUGGAAAAAAAUUUCGUUUUUCGUUUCUGCAAGAAUUCUGAAAUUUCAUAUUUUGAAAAUCUUGGGAGGGGUAAUUACUAUAUAAUACUAGUACUCUUCACUAUUUCUAUACGGUCUUGCUUACUGACUGACUGAUAUUUGUACGUUUUUGAGACUCAAUUAUUAAGUGAAGUUAGUGAAGGUGUUUGAAGUUUUUUUAUAAGUUAUAUUUGCCUUUGACCUAAGGACUUUUUGUUUAUUCAGUUAUUAAAGGUAAGAGCUUAAUAUACAAUUCGAUAUUUUUCAACCUUAAAAUUACUUUUUUGAAGAUAUAAAACUUGAAAACGAUUUAUAUUUGAAUGUAUUAGAUUUUUGUGUACAACCAAUAUCGGGUGUUUCAUGUCAUCGUAUAUAGGCAAAAUCUCGCUCAUUUGACGAGAUAAUAAAAAAAUUUCUGUUACUAGGGCCUAGUAACAGUUGGAAUAAUACAGAUCUAUUCUGAAUUUCUCCAAGUGAAUAUUAGAACUCUGAAAAUAGACGAGCAGAUAAAUUCGAUUUUUUUAAUCUGAAGUUGGUUGUGUUGUGAAUAUUUCGGAGUGAAAACUUGUGUUUGAAUAUUUCGAUCUUUUUGUAAGGUAAGAUCUAUUGAUAAUCUUAAUUGAGACAGUUAAAUAAAGAAAUUGUGUUUUCCAGGAAAGCAAAAAUGUUUGGUCUAGUUCAUUUUCCCGACCAGACUUACGGAAUAUAUUCAAUGAAAAAUAUUUCAAAGAAAAAAGGAGAUAAUAAUGCCUGCAUUGUAAAACAUAGAGGUGCCAAAUAUGAAGCAGUACUGAUAACAGAAAAAGAGAAAAAAGAAGAACUGAGGGUACUUCAAGAUGAAAUGGUUGGACAGCUAAAAUCAGUAAAGAAAUCUGUAAGCGAUAAUAAUUUCACUGAUUCGAAAAUUGGAGAAAAAUAUGUGGAUAUGGACAGACCAUCUACUUCCUCCAUCAACCAUAAAUAUGUUUCCUCCGUUGUUAAAAAAGAUGAAGAAAGUAGUGAUGAAGCAAUUCAAGAGCAAAGAGAAGAACAGAGGAUUCUUCAAGAUGAAACGCUCGAACAAAGAGAAUCAGUAGAAAAAUCUAUAGGCAAUAAUCAUUCCACUGAUUCAAAAAUUGGAAAAAAAUAUGUGGAUAUGGAAAGACCAUCUACUUCCUCCAUCAACCAUGAAUAUGUUUCCACCGUUGAGGGUAGAGAUGAACAAAGUAGUGAUGAAGCAAUUCAAGAGCAAAGAGAAGAACAGAGGAUUCUUCAAGAAGAAACGCUCGAACAAAGAGAAUCAGUAGAAAAAUCUAUAGGCGAUAAUCAUUCCACUGAUUCAAAAAUUGGAAAAAAAUAUGUGGAUAUGGACAGACCAUCUACUUCCUCCAUCAACCAUGAAUAUGUUUCCACCGUUGAGGGUAGAGAUGAACAAAGUAGUGACGGAGCAUUUCAAGAGAAAAUAAUUAUAGAAGAUAUAUUGCUUAAUCCGCGGAGAUCGCCAGAAAAAUCUCUAGUCUAUGAGGAUUUCAAUGAUUUUUCAAUUGGAACAGAAUAUGUGGAAAUUAACCGAUCAUCUACUUCUCUUAUGAAGAACUUCGAUGAUACUGUUUUCUCCACUGUUUGUGGAGAGGAGGAAGACAGAUAUGCAGAAUUUCAAGAUAAUAGUACCAUGGAAGCUUCAGAUAUGAAUGUUGACAAAAACAAACAGAGUAUUAUGCAACAUCAUGGAAUACCAGUUCAAGUGGAACCUGAAGAUGAGAUAGAAUUAUCAGUUUAUGGAGACAAUUCUGAUGAUGAUUCAGAUUAUAAUUUAUCUACUUAUUCAGAAACGCAAUCUGAUAACUCACGAGAUGGCAGUCGGAGCUCAACACCAUGUUCCUUUCUAUCUGAAAUGGAUCUGAAUAUUGAGGAGAAAACGCAACCGAAUGAGUCCAAUAAUAAUUCCCUCUCGAAAAGCAUCCAAGUUCAUUUAUCUGCCUCGUUAAACGAACCAGGGUGCGAUGAUGAAAAUAUGAUGGUAACUGAGUCCCGCGGAAGAAAAGGAGACAAGAAGGCAAAUUUUUGUUUCUACUGCCAUACGAAACAGCAAAAAAUCUCACGACACCUAGAGAAUAAACACAGCGGUGAGGAGGAGGUGAAAAAAUUUAUUAUGUUACCAAAAGGUAACGUAGAAAGGGCCAAGAUUAUUGGUCAGAUAAGAAAAAGGGGAAAUUUCCUUUUUAAUACGAAUGAGAAUUUAAAUGAUGGUGAGCUGAUUGUGGCGCGACGGCCUAAAAGCAGCAGGAAUAAAAGUGGUAGGGAUUACAGUGCAUGUGCAAACUGUAAGGGAUUUUUCUCAAAAGCCACCCUUCGAGUGCAUUUCAGAUCCUGCACAGGCAUUGAUUCCGACAUUAAAAGAUUGCCAAAUUUGCUAAGUAAAAAAAUCACAUCAAGAAUACAUCCUAUGGCAUCAAUAACUGUGAGAAAUCAUUUAUUCCCACCGCUGAGGGAGGAUGAUGUAUGUAGAGCAAUCAGAUAUGAUGAACUCAUCAUCAUUUAUGCUAACAAAAUGGUGGAAAAAUAUAGAGAACCGAGACAUUUCCAAAUGAUAAGGCAGAGAUUACGAUUAAUUGGUAAUUUCCUCAUUAAAAUGAAGGCACUGAGUAAGGAAAUAAAUAAUUUAGCCUCUAUAUAUGACCCAAAAUUUGUAGACAUGGUUUUAUCUGCUAUAAAUAUGUGUGCCCGGUACACUGAAACUACGAACUGCUUCGAAGCUCCUUCGGUAGCGUUCAGUUUGGGCACACUGCUGAAGCAGAUUGGCAAUUUAUUAAUAACAGAGUGCAUUAAAAACCACAAGGAAGAAAUGCGAAAAAAUGCUAAAUAUUUCUUGAAAGUUUUCGCUCAAGAAGUGAACAUAAAUGUAAACAGAACUGUUGCUGAAACUCAACUGAAAAUGAGUAGAACAAAAACAGUUAUGCUACCCACAAUGGGCGACAUAAAAAAACUCAGCGACUAUUUGACCAAGAAGAGAAAAGACGCCCUUGAGAAAUUGAAAAUUUGCUUCUCGUCAUUGGCCUGGAUAGACUUAGCAGAGGCAACGCUAACGUCUAUCCAGGUUUUCAAUAGACGACGCGCUGGAGAAGUCGAGAGAAUUAGCAUUACCGAAUUUGAAAAAUACGAAACGAUUGAGAGAAGUAAUAAUGAUCUAUUUCAAUCACUUUCAGAGAAAUCAAAAGAAAUUGCAAAAAAAUAUGUUCGAUUCACUAUAAGGGGCAAGUUGAAUCGGACGGUUCCUGUUCUAUUGGAUACUCAUUUAUGUGAGUGCAUCCAAUUAAUAAUAAAAAACAGAACAAAUAUGAGGGUCCACAAGAGUAACCCUUAUGUAUUCGGUACACCAGGGUCGGAUACAAAAAAGCAUCCACAUCUGAGUGCCUGCACUUUGAUGAGGAAAUUCUCUGAAGCUUGUGGUGCUGAGCACCCGACAAGACUACGUGGCACCAAUUUGAGGAAACAUAUAGCCACUACGUGUAUUACUUUGAAUCUUGAAAAUCAAGACGUAGUGGAUUUGUCGAACUUCAUGGGCCAUUCGGAGAAGAUACACAAGGGCAUUUAUCGUCAGCCCAUUAUAAGUAGGGACAUUUUGGGCAUUUCACAACUCCUGCAAACAGCUCAAGGAGAAAAUGAAAAUGCAAGCAGUGAUGACUCCGAAAAUGAGGUUGUCAAUGAUGAAGAACCAAUUCCUACAAAUGAAAUCAAUUCAACAGGAGGAACUCCAAAUCUUAGUGGGGGGAAUAGGAGGAAUUCCAGCAAAGCCCAUACCCUAUCUGGCACCCUCAAAAGAGUGAGGUGGACCCAAGAGGAGAAGGAUGCUAUUUUCCGUAUUUUCGGAGAAUAUAUGAAUAGAAAAGCUCUACCUCCUUUGAAAGUGAUACAAACAGUGAUAAAAGAAACUCCUGUUCUUCAGAAUCGCACGUCACCACAAAUAAAGACAUGGAUUCACAAUCAGCUGAAGGGCUCCAAGAAGAAACUUUCAUUUUCAAACUGAAUAUUUGUGAUAUUUUUAAUUUAUACAUAGUCAUUCGUUUUUAUUCAUAUUUAUUUA